GAAGGCAACGGGCACAGCACACUUCUUCAACUUCCUCCUCAACUCCAGCGACUACCGCAUCCUGCUGAAGGACGAGGACCACGACCGCAUGUAUGUGGGCAGCAAGGACUACGUCCUCUCGCUGGACCUCCACGACAUCAACCGCGAGCCCCUCAUCAUCCAUUGGCCCGCAUCCCAGCAGAGGAUCGAGGAGUGCAUCCUGUCAGGCAAGAACAGCAAUGGGGAGUGCGGCAACUUCAUCCGCCUGAUCCAGCCCUGGAACCGGACACACCUCUACGUGUGCGGCACCGGCGCCUACAACCCCAUCUGUGCCUUCGUCAACCGCGGGCGCAAAGCCCAGGGGUUUCCGCCGAGCCAGCCGGGAGGCCAGGAAAGCAGAUCCACCGACAGCCCCCUCAGCCCGAGACCAGCACAAAGCAAGGAUUAUAUCUUCUACCUGGAGCCAGACAAGCUGGAGUCAGGCAAGGGGAAGUGUUCCUAUGACCCCAAAGUAGACACCGUCUCUGCAUUAAUAAAUGAAGAACUUUAUGCUGGCGUCUACAUCGACUUCAUGGGCACAGAUGCAGCCAUCUUCCGCACCAUGGGCAAGCAGACAGCCAUGAGGACAGACCAGUACAAUUCCCGCUGGCUCAACGACCCAGCUUUCGUCCGUGCCCAGCUGAUCCCUGACAGCAGCGAGAGGAAUGAUGACAAGCUCUACUUCUUCUUCCGGGAGAAGUCGGCUGAUGCCCCACUGAGUCCUGGGGUCUAUUCCCGCAUCGGGCGCAUCUGCCUGAAUGACGACGGGGGCCACUGCUGCCUUGUGAACAAGUGGAGCACCUUCCUGAAGGCCCGGCUCGUCUGCUCUGUGCCGGGACCCGAUGGAAUUGAAACGCACUUCGAUGAGCUCCAGGACGUCUUCAUCCAGCAGACUCAGGACACCAAGAACCCUGUUAUCUACGCUGUGUUCUCCGCUUCGGGGUCGGUCUUCAAAGGCUCUGCAGUGUGUGUCUACUCGAUGGCUGACAUCCGCAUGGUCUUCAACGGGCCCUUUGCCCACAAGGAGGGACCCAACUACCAGUGGAUGCCCUACACAGGAAAAAUGCCCUACCCCCGUCCAGGCACUUGCCCUGGGGGGACCUUCACCCCCUCCAUGAAGUCAACCAAGGACUACCCUGACGAGGUGAUCAACUUCAUGCGCGCACACCCGCUGAUGUACCACGCCGUGUACCCCACGCACCGCCAGCCGCUGGUGGUCCGCACCAAUGUCAACUACCGCUUCACCACCGUGGCCGUGGACCAGGUGGACGCGGCAGACGGGCGCUAUGAGGUGCUUUUCCUGGGCACAGAUCGGGGCACUGUGCAGAAGGUCAUUGUGCUCCCCCGGGAUGACAUGGAGACAGAGGAGCUCAUGCUGGAGGAGAUUGAAGUGUUCAAGGUGCCAGCACCCAUCAAGACAAUGACCAUCUCCUCCAAGAGGCAACAGCUGUAUGUGUCCUCGGCCGUAGGCGUGACCCACCUGGCCCUGCACCGCUGUGACGUGUACGGGGAAGCCUGUGCUGACUGCUGCCUGGCCCGGGAUCCCUACUGCGCCUGGGAUGGCAGCGCCUGCACACGCUACUCCGCCUCCUCCAAGAGGCGGAGCCGGCGGCAGGACGUCCGGCAUGGCAACCCCAUCCGGCAGUGCCGCGGCUACAACUCCAAUGCUAACAAGAACACGGUGGAGGCUGUGCAGUACGGGGUAGGGCAGGGCGCUGCUCGGGGGGUGCCGGGGGUGCCGGGUGCCAGCCGCCUGAGCCGCUCCCCCUCUCGCCCCCAGCUGCGGGUGGAGGGCCGGGUGCUGCGCACGGAGCAGGGCUUGCUGCUGCGCGCCCUCCAGCUCAGCGACAGCGGCCUCUACUCCUGCACCGCCACCGAGAACAACUUCAAGCACACGGUGACCAAGGUGCAGCUCCGCGUCCUCAGCAGCCGCGCCGUCCAUGCCGUGCUGGUCCAGGCGGAGACCCCCCCUGGCCUGCCGGGUGCUCCCACUCCCCGCUACCAGGACCUGCUGCAGCUCCUCAGCCAGCCCGAAAUGGGACUCCUGGACCAGUACUGCCAGGGCUACUGGCGGCACACGGCCGCCAGCCCCCCGCAGCCGCUGGCUGGCCUCAAAGCCAAGGAGCAGCAGGACCAGAAGAAGCCUCGGAACCGCCGGAAUCACCAGCCAGAGACCUAUGGGCAUACAUGAAACCAUCAUCAGGGACUUUGCUAGCACAGUGGUCUAUUUUUCCCCCCUUUUAAUAUUAAAAAUAUCUAUAAAUAAAUAUAUAUAUAUAUAUAUAUACACAUCCACGCACACACACACACGCAGACACAAGCGCUCCCCCCUCCCACGGGAGGCGGUAUUUAUUUGUAGGCUGUACAUAGUCACUGGGGUGGUGCUACCCCCACCUCCCAGCCCCAGGGAGGAGCAAGCAUUCCUAGGGAGGAGCAGGGACCCCUGAGGUGGCUGCAGCCGCCAUUGCUGUCUUCCCCUCUGCCAAGGACCCCCAGAUCCUGUUGUGCAGGGAGCACGGGUCAGCACAGCUGGGGCAUGGCCCUGCUCUGGGGGAUGGAUGUCAUGGUGUGGGAGGGGAUGCUGCCCUGGGGAGGGCAGGGGGUGAGUCAGGGGGGAGGCAGUGCCAGGCAAGGUCUGCCCUCUGCAAGGCAUGGCCAUCAUAGCUUCAUGCCUCAGUUUCCCCACUGGGUUAUGGAGGAGCAAGUGCUUUCUGUGAGGAAGCUGUAGGCCACCAGGCAUGCUGAGGAGGGACGAGGGUACACGGCUCUGUCCCCUCCCCUUGGCAGGGGUGAGACGGGACCUCAAGGUAGGACCAAGGUGUUCAGGCAAUAGUAGGGGCUUGGCCCCGGGGUCUUUGGAUGGAGAAGGGGCCAUGCUGGUGUGAAACCUGGAGCAGCUGCUGGUGCUUGGUGACAGUGGCACCCAGAGGCAUUUGGGGCACCCUGGUGGGUGUGGAGGGUUGUAAAUAGUUGUACAUGGGAAACAAGGGCGACCAGGGCUGAGUGAGUGCCCCCUGCUGCAGCUAGGGGCACUCCCAAAUAAACACUGCCUUUGGGACAGA